AAGGCCUCAAAUAUAUAAAUUAAAUGUUCAUAAAUUUACAAGGCAAACACAUACAUAAGUAUAUAAACCAUGUGUCUGAAAUAGUACAGGAGAGCAACCAUUUUGACUCCUAAGUUGACCUCAAAUGUUUCUCUGCAAGGAGGAAGGAAAUGGGAAAGCCUCUCCAUUGUCUUUUGCUUACCUGUCUCAAGGCCAUAUUUGUGUAUGAAUAGGGUGCGCCUGUGACCAGGAUUCAGACAUUAAAGUACUUACCAUCACAAAAGAAUGAAGUAAGAAUUCCCUAAACAUGCAUGUUGAGUAAAUCAUACUCAAAAUGAUUUACAACUUUAGCUGGUGAAAGCUCCCUCCCGCACUGGGAGUGAGGGCUGAGACCACGUCAGUACAGUAAUAUCACUCAUAACACGCGAAAAGAAGAGGGCAGCCCUUCUUGUACCUCAGGUCAACCAAGGCACGGUAGGUGGCCAUUCCACUUUCCCCAUCAGCUGAGAAGAGGGGCGGAGGGAGAGGCUUUAAGGUUCUGUGCUGCGUGUAUCGGGGCCUAUGAAAUGAGUCCCCUGCAGCGCCCCCUACAGGCAAAACUGAACAACAGGCACCUAGGACAAGAGCGCGACGACUGCGGUGCAUGCCGGGAGCGGAGGAGUAAAUAAAUAAGGGCGCGCGCAGGGCACGCUGGGAACUCGAAUCAGGGGCGGGGCCGGCUGGCUGGCCGGCGCGGGGCACGCCGGGAUUGCUACGGAGGUUCUGGCGCGGGGCACGCCGGGAUCAGGGCGGGCUGGUGUUCGGGGGGCCCAGCGCAGGGCCGUCGCUCACUCGGUGUCUCCGGCGGCGGCUGUUGGGCUCGGAGGCGCGACGGAGGCUGCUUCUGCCCGGCGGGGAUGGCGGACACGGCGGCCUCCCCGGUGGGGAAGCGACUUCUGCUGCUGCUGGUCGCGGGGCCGGGCGAGGGCGAGGCGGCGGCGGCGGGGCCGGAGCCUGGGCCUGCACUGCCCUCUCGAGCCUGGAGGAGCGGGACCGUGCGGGCCAUGAGCGGGGCCGUGCCUCAGGACUUAGCGGUGAGCGCCUUCCUCGGGGGCGGGGAGCUGGGGUCCGUGUGCAAAUGCGUGUCCUGCGUACGUGUGUUUAUGUCUAUCGCUCUCUGUGCCUAGGUGGGGGUGGGGUGUGUUGCUGAGCUUCUGCUUGGACUCCGGAGGGGAGGGGGAGGGGUUUAUCCGCUUUCCUUCUUCGGCCGAGGUAGCUCAGCCUCCCUGCUCCGCCUCUUCCUUAUCUGGUGGCAGCUGCCGCUGCCGCUGCAGGAUCUCUUGUUACGCUUGGAUCUCGGGUUUCGGUUGCCGCAUCUAUGGCCGUCCUUGGUGAUUCCCCCCCGUCGUGAGACAGCGCGCGGUGCUGCACCCGAGCCCGUUUCCCUCGGGGGUGAGAUGUGCGGAGGGUUGUACUGAAGUGGCGGGUGGGAGAAGGAAGUAUGCUGUGCGUUCCUGCUAAGGAAUGUUUAUUCAUGGUAGUUAGGAUUAGAUCCCUUAACGGUGGGUCUCCUGGUCUCUCUCUCUAGCUGCAGCGCGUUUGAAGUCUGGGAGCUUUAAACGUUUCGUCUUUUCCAGCUUGGAUCCCGUACUUUCCUUAGUUGUUGGGAUCGCUGCCUAUGUUUACUUCAGUGCAGUGUUGUGUUUUCCGUAUGCCUUGCAGUUUUAUUAGGUAGAAAGGAUAAUCUAAACUUCGAAGAUGCUUCCACAAAAGUACCAGGUCGAGUGUUCCAAAUAGGGAAGGUUGGAGCUUGUGCGUUCAUUUCUUAAUGGCAUGCAGCCUUCUAUGGGAUAUAUAUAUUUGUGUCACUGGUCGAAAGCCAGCACUAAUAAUGGGUACCAGUUCAGUGCUGUUGCUAUUACGAUUAUGCUGUUAUUGUCUGUGAGGGAUAGCUGCCAGUGUGAUUAUUUUUGAAAACCCCAUAUCCACAGCACUUAGCUCUUGAUUUCCAAGAUUCAAAGUACUUCAGCUAAAGUGCCUGAGGAAGUUGUGUUCCAAACAACUAUGUAGCAACUACUUUUUUGUACCACUUUGUGCUAUGCUAGUACCAUUGCCUUUUUACAUCUGCCAUCAUACCUUGGUUGCCUAUUCUGGCACUGUAAAAUAAGGAUAGGAUGUUUGGUGAAUCCCUUUAGGCCCUAAAAGCAGAGUUAUUUUUCAGAUUACCCCCAAUUUUUAAAAUUUAAGGUGACUUAACUAUUCAGAAACUAAGUACACUGAAGACCCGGAGAAGGCUCUUUCCCAUCUGGAUGAUAGAAUCAAAUCGAUUUGUCAUUCCGUUGCUCUGUUAUUAAGUAGGGUGCAAUACAGUUUGGAAUAAAUUAUCCUACAAGUAUGAAAACAUUGAAUUAGUUGCAAAUAAUUGCCUAGGAAAGAGAUCUUGGGAGUUUCAAAAAAAAAUCCUGAAAAUAUCAGCUGAAACUGUUUAAAUAAUCGACAAAUCAUGUGGGCUGUGUUCAUAUAUGAAAAUAAGAACUCUGCUGGAACAGAUCAAACACUAACCUAGGACUCAGCUAUACAGCUGCAAAUAAAACAUUUAAAGUGUGUUUUAAGUGCAAUAUACCAUGUGGUACUAGAUGGCAAUGGUGAGCCUUAUGGAAAAUUCAGUGUAUUUUUAAAAACGCUUUUUAAAAAAGCAUUUUCAGAACGGUUUUUAUAUGUGUAUAGUUUCCACCCUUGACUAGCACCCUAUGUCUGUAGUGGCCAUUACUUAUGAGAUGCCCACAAGCAGGGCAUGAGAGCAAAACCCUUAUGUUGCGGCUCUUCCCAGCAACAGGUAUUCAGAGGUAUACUGCCUCUUAUGCUGUAGUUGUAUAUAGCCGUUAAUAGCCUUUUUCUCCCAUGAAUUUGUCUCAUCCCCCUUUCAACCCAAAUUGGUGACUGUCAACAUCUUGUGGAAGUAAAUGUUAAACUAAAACAAAACUGUUUGAAGAAGUCUGAUUCUUUUCUGUUCUUAUUCUCCCACAUUUCCACUUAGAUGGAUUCCCUGGGUUCUAAUAUUUUAAGAAGGGCAAGAGAAACAUUCCCCUCUCUGCUCUAUGUCGUGCAAAUUUUGUUCACUUCUGUAAUCUGCUCCCUUGCUCAACUUUUUCAAAAACUGAAUAGACCAAAUCCUGUUAUCUCUUAUGUAUAUAUUCCAGUCUCCUGGUAUAUUUUCCUCCUUUUCUGUACUUUUCCCGAGCUCUACAAUAACUGGGCUUCUGAGCCCCACAGGGGUGCUGCAGAAAGAAGGUAGUUGGUGAAGGGAGCCGUGGGCUCAUAGGGCCUCUGCCAUAUGAGUACUUUUAAUUUAGAGAUAAGGCGAUUAAAUGGUGACACGAAAGAAGUUGAUAAAAUUAUGCAUGGCAUGGCAAAGUUUUUAUCCUUUCGUAACACUAGAAAUAAUUGACAUCCAGUGAAGCUGAAUGUUGGAAGAUUCAGGAGAUAUGUGGUGCCAUUUGGUGAUUAGCUUAUAUAUUUUGAGUUUAUAACACUGUGUAGCAUCCUCAUUAAAAGUCCCGGUAUAACUGACUAGAUUUUCCAGGAAAGGCAUGGUCAAAUACAGAUAUGAUUGACCUCCCCCUUUCAAGAUUUCUGUCCACAUUUUUACACUGAACAACCAGGGGCAUCUGUACAUGCUGAAAAAGAAGUAGCAGUAGAUCCCUGUAGCAGUUUCUGCCCAUACUGGAGUGUAGAACAGGGAAUGGCCAUAGUUGGUUGUGCACAUGCUUAGCAUGCAGAAGAACCUAGAGGUUUAUUCCCCUCGCUGGGAAAGAAAGAAAGUCAAUGUAGACAAUAUAGGGCGGCUAGAUGGACUAUACAGAUUUCUGUGUCGGCAACAACUAGGCUCCUGUAUGAUUUUUAUGUGCAAACAUGCUAUGAGUGAUGUUUUGCACUGUGUUUUGCAGAUUUGUUUCAGUGGACCUCUGAGGGUUCCUCUGCCUGAGGCAUUCCCAAACUGUGGUUCAUGGACCAUCAAGCUUCAAUCAGGCGGCCUGUGGCGUAUCUAUGAAUUUUUGGUUGAAGACACAAGAUGGCAGAACCCUUGCAUUAAAUAUUCAUAUUGAUUUUAUUAUUGUUGCUUUUAUUAGAUUGCAUUUUAAUGUAUUACAAUUUUAAUUCUAUGGACAUAAAAGAAAUAAAAGCAGCAAUUAAAAUGCAAUUAAAAUCAUAUAGCAUCUAGCAUAAUCAUAAUUGCUAUAACAAAUUGAAACAUAAUUUAAGUGUUGCACCAAACCCUUGGCAAUUUUCAAGUGGUCUGUUUUAUAAUUCUCUCUUAACACUUUUCAGAGUUGUGUUGGUGGGAGUGAUAGUCUGAGACAACUGGAACCAGGAUGAGAAAUUAAGACUUAGAUAUGUUCAAGUUUUCAGAAUACAAUGAUUUAUAAUGGGGUGUCAUCUAGGUAUUGUUACAUUGGGCAAGUUACUUUAGUAAAAAUGCUUUCAAAGAGACUUCACAUGCUUAGCAUGCCUUGUCAUUAUUUAGUGACAGUGAAAGGCUUACUUAAUAUGCAGUUGGCAAACAAUUUGUUUAAUUUCUGUGCAUGGUAUGUUAUAAUCUAAAAGAGGACAUGUCCCUUUCCAGGGUAACGGUGUGCAAUGCAGUUGCAGUGUGGAAGAUCUGCUGGGGAGACUCUUUUUGUCCCAUCAGCAGCUGAAAUGCAAGUGAGGAUGUGGGAGGGUUCAGCUUAGACUGAGGAGCUCCCUGCCUAGGGAAGUCAGUCUUGCCUGCUCUCUUUCUGUUUUCUGCCAUCUGGUUAAGGUGUUCUUGGCCUGCUGGGUUUUUUGCUGAUGCCCUGACUUUGUGUAUCUUAUCUUCAAAUUUUUAAAACUCUUGUUAGGAUUAUCAGUAGCUGUUUGGCUAUUUUGAAGAUGCUACCAAGUGCCUUGAUUUUUUUAAAAUGGGAAGGUGGGAUAUAAAUACAUUUAAUUAUUAAGCAAUACUAAAUAUAUAAUGUAAUCAGUAUUAAACAAUUAAAAGCCAAAACUUUGCAAAUUUUUCAUCAAAACUCAGAUAAUACAGUAAUUUAAUAACAGCUCAGGAUACAGAGCAGGGCAAUAUUUUUAAAAUAAUGUAACAUUUGCAUUAACAAUCCAUUACAGACACUUCAUCAAAUAAAGCUAAACAUCAGGAAACUAACCACUAAGGAAUCUAAACAUAAAAAUCCAAGCAAAAAAAUAAAAUGAAACAAGAUUGGGAAAUGGCAAUAUAAAGCACAAAAUAUGAAAUUUGAAUUGCCCUCAAAAGCAUUCUGAUUCGCCCCAGAGAUCAAUAUUGUACGAAAUACAAUAAUAAAGUACCCAGCUAGCUCCUUAUUUGUGUGUUCGACAUACACCUAUUAAUUCCUCCUGUCUUCCAGGGGCAAAAAUAGAAGUAAAUAAUGCUUUAUCUCUCACUAGAGGUAGCAGGUAUUAGAGCACCUCUCCCACUUUUGCUUCCACCAGCUUCUCAUUUACUGAAGGCAGAACAUCUUAACCCACCCAACAGAGAGAGGUGAAGGCCUUCCAGCUCCCCUUCAUCCAAAAAUUAUAGUACUUGCUGGUGACAAUUUGUUGAGAUGUGACAUGAUUUCCAAAGGGGCAGAGUCAAUUUUAUAUUUAUGUUGUGAACUGCCCUGAGAUCUAUGGAUGAAGGGUGGUAUACAAAUUUAAUAAAUAAAAUAAAAUAAAUACAACGUGGAAUAUCUCUCCUAGAAAAUGGUACGUCCUGGAGAACAGGAUUUCUCCUGGGUGAUUGUUUCCCUUCCAGCUUUAAUACAACCAGACUGUUAUAUAGCAGCUCUGGAUCAGAGAGGGGUUGGACCAGGGCAGCUGCAAGCCUGCACACAGGUUCAGACACAGAUAAAGACAUGAUCAUGAGUGGCCAUGGUAGUGUCCAGGGAGGUCUGUCAAGAGCUGGAGAUGAAAGACAGGAGAUGGGAGGGAGCGGAGUAAGAGGAAUUAUCAACUUGAGUGUUAAAAUCACCAGGAAGAAGCAUGGAGAUGAUGUUAGAGAGGAAGAAGGUAUGCCAGGCCUCAAGUAGACUCUUUUCCAGAGUGAACUUCAAACAGUGUGACAGUGGGCAAACGUUAAUGUAGCUUGAGGAACUAAAUUGCAAAUAAAUAUAUGGCAUUAAGUUAUUGUAAUCUAAGAUUGGACAGAUGAGGUUUCGUUCCUGUGAUCACAUCAGGUAGAUCACAUCUGGAAUGUUGUGUACAAACAUUUGUUUGCAUAAGAAAGCCAGGUACUUCCCCCACUGUUUCUUACCUUAUGCAUACCUCCAUGCAUGUAGACAAGACUCUGCCUCUCUCCCAAGCCCUGUAUGGGAAAGGGGUGAAAUCCUGUCACCCUUGCAGCAGAAAAAAAUGGGUGGGGUGCAGAGGAAUCUCUUGUUUUUUCUUCUCCGCACUGCAUCCCAAACUGAAGAGACCCUGGGCUCUUCCAAAAGCCCCCUUUGCUUGCGUCAGAGGUGUGGCAGUGGGGAUAAGAUAAAAUUUGUAGUGAGAACAGGUAGAGGUUUAUCUGGUAAGCCAAGCUGAUAUUUGUAGACCCCUAUUCAUAACAAGCAUUUUGCUGACUGAUUGUUGUGACUUUGCCCACAUGUGUUUGAAAGAACCCAUUCUGGGAUCUGUUGCAGAUAUUUGUGGAAUUUGACCGGUGCAAUUGGAAGCAACACGCCUGGGUGAAAGUUCAUGCUGAAGAAGUGAUCGUUUUGAUGCUGGAAGGGUCUCUUGUUUGGGCCCCUCGAAAUGACCCAGUUCUGCUUCAGGGAACUAGAGUGUCAGUUGGGCACUGGCCUGCGUUGGUGAGUAUCUUCAUUUAGCUUGUUACCCUUGAUAAAAAGCAUUCCUUAUGUCAAAGUCUGAAUGGUGGAUUGUUUUGUUAUGUGUCUCAAGGCCUAUUUUUUCCAAGUGUCUUUGUUUCUUGUAAUUCUUAUCUAGGCCAUUGUGAAAAUGUAUUCUAAUAAAUGGAAACAUGUAAGAUUAAACCUUAGCUGAGGAUUUUUAUCCAGCUGAAUAAUACGGUUUUAGAAACUUUUUAACUUGAAGAGUUACUUGGUGUGCUGUUGUAUCUAUAUUAACACCCAAGUUAUGAAAUAAACUCGAGCUUCUGCUAGAUAGUUGAUUGAUUCCUUUCAGCAGAUGAUGGAGUAAGACUUUUUCUCGGAAGCAUCUAAGGAGGGUAAAAAGAGUGAGGAAAUACCAGUUAUAAUAGCACUUUUAAGAAAUAAGUAUGCUACCUUCUGUUUUCAUGCAGUCGUGUUUUUUAUAUUCUCAUUCACAGACUUUCACUCCCUUGGUUGAUAAGCUUGGCUUAGGUUCUGUGGUUCCUGUAGAGUCUCUUGUAGACCGAGACUUGAGAUUCCUGUCUGAUGCCACUGGACUACGUCUCUUCCAGGUAUAUUGUUUGUUUGUUUGUUUGUUUAGUUAUUUUAGUUAUUUUAAUUUAUUACCUGCCCUUCACCCUAAGGUCCAGAGUGGGUUACAACAAUUAGCAGUGUUAGAGGUACAUGUGGUAGAGGUAUCAUGACUUCAGCAAUAUGGUCCUGGAAUUCUCUCGCUUUUAGCAUUCUCUUCCAUGCCAGUUAAGCAGGCAAAAAGGGAAGCAAGGCAAUAAGCAGGCAGAACACUUACACAGCUAAUUCCAUUAGACCAAGAGGACUAAGGUCUGACAAAGGUCCGUAUAGUUAAAGCUAUGGUUUUCCCAGUAGAGAUGUGUGGAAGUGAGAGUUGGACCAUAAAGAAGGCUGAUUGCCGAAGAAUUGAUGCUUUUGAAUUAUGGUGCUGGAGGAGACUCUUGAGGGUCCCAUGGACUGCAAGAAGAUCAAACCUAUCCACUCUUAAGGAAAUCAGCCCUGAGUGCUCACUGGAAGGACAGAUCCUGAAGCUGAGGCUCCAAUACUUUGGCCAUCUCAUGAGAAGAGAAGACUCCCUGGAAAAGACCCUGAUGUUGGGAAAGAUGGAGGACACAAGGAGAAGGGGAUGGCAGAGGACGAGAUGGUUGGACAGUGUUCUCGAAGCUACGAACAUGAGUUUGACCAAGCUGCGGGAGGCAGUGGAAGACAGGAGUGCCUGGCGUGCUCUGGUCCAUGGGGUCACGAAGAGUCAGACACGACUAAACGACAACAACAACACAUGGUCAAUGGCUUUUGAUUUCAAAAAGUGGCUUGCAAUAUGGCAUGAGGAUCUGCAAUGAAAACAAAGGCAUGGGAAAAUCCCACCUUGUUGUGCCUAAAAUAGUUCUUUAGAUUACGAAUUUAAUUUAAAGCACUUUAGUGCUAAUGAAAUGAAAAACAGUUACACGUACCAAACUUAGCUUUGUAGGCCUUCAUAGUUUUUGAUGAGGUAACUGACACUCAGGACUACUUCUCACAUCAUUUUGUGCUGGAAAAGCCUCUUCUGUGUGAUGUGAAUUUGAGCAAGUUGUUUUUCUCUGUGAUAGGCAAAGUACUUCCAAGAUAUUUAGUAUAUGUAAGACCAGCUGGCUUUAAAAUCUUGCAUUAUGGAAUGUAGUAGUUUUGGGGUUUGCACUGGCUGGGGUAUAAAUAAUAAAAAUUAUAAAAUUAUAAUGCAGUGGUGUGUGCUGUAGAAAAGUAGCCUGAGUAUACUAUGUUUCCUCAUGUAGACCAAUCCCUUAGAAUUUAAAUGCAGGAUAAACAUUAAGAAAUAAAUCCAUACAUUUCUGUCACCAUGGGGAAGGAACAUCAAGAAACAGGGGGAAAAGAAAUCAUAACAAUCUAGGCCAUAUAAAUUAUGCUUUUACCCUGUUCUUGAACAGCUAUUACAUAUUUUAAAAAAUUGUUUGCAGAUGGCAACUGAAAGUCAGAACCAAAUUCUCCAACAACAGCCAAUAUUGAGGGAAGCUGUCAAUUCAUUGGUCAGUGAUCAGAAGCUUCAGGAGAUAUUUAGCAGAGGUAAGAUCAGCUGGUUUUAGUUUUUUAAGGAACCUAAUUGGUUCUCCUGGAAAUUAUAUUCAGCUUACAGCUGCUUCUUAAGAUCCUAAGACCUGUUCCAGCUUUAUCAUAGGUCUGUUACAUAUGAAGUUUCAAGAUCUUGAAACUGAGGAAUUAAUUGAGCUUUGCUGUGAAGGAGAAAGCUCAAUUUUUCCUAAAUUUUCAUUUCCUUAACACUCUGUUUUCUUGUUUGAAUCAGUUUUGUUGUUUGAGUAUGAACUUUAGCUACCCUUUCAGGAGAAAAAAAUGUUUAUAGUCCUUAUUGUAACAGUACUCUGGCAUGCUAGAGGAAUGCAAGAAAUCAGUAGGGUAGAGCAACUAUAUUAAUCUUAAGUCAAGAGACAAGAAGAGAAUCAGCCAUGGAGAACCACUAUCAUUAGUCAAAAAUUAAUGACUAAGACAGUUGUUAUUAAUCAAAGGUUAAUAAAGAAAGACAUUGAAGAACGACUAUAUUUAGUUAUAUAUUAUUAAAAUAAGAGUUGGAGAGAGCUAUUCAGAGGAGCUUAAAGGUUCCUGACUGGCUUAGAUUUGAAGGAGUCGAUUUCAAUGACUAUCAAAUGUCAUAUUGGAGCUAUACGAUUGACGACUAGUAUUACAUGUUUAGCAUAGAAGGGAUCCAGAAUACUCUGGCCAGAGUAUUGAUAAGGGGUUCUGAUCAGAAGUAUGUGAUCCUCUUGUUGGAGCACCUCCUCUAGAUUCCAGGUUGUUUUUGGGCACAGUUCAAAGCAUUGGUAAUGAAUUUGAAAGCCCUAAAAGGCUUUGAAUACCAGUGCAAAAAGAUCUGAAGGAGAGAUCCUUCCGGCAACACUGGAUUUGUGUUUGGUGGGGAUACAAGAGAGUACCUGGCACCAAGGUGGCUGCACCAAGGCCCUGGAACUGCUUUCCUUCCUAGGAACAGCUAUCCAGCCCGCUCUCUGGCCAUUUUCUGACAGCUGGAGUCCGUGUUCAGACAGACCUGUAGGUUAUUGAACUGAGGGUACAGUGGUGCCUCGCAAGACGAAAAGAAUCCGUUCCGCGAGUCUCUUCGUCUUGCGGGUUCUUUCGUCUUGUGAAGCAAGCCCAUUAGAGGUUUAACGGCUUAGCGCUACAGUAUUAGCGGCUUAGCCGGCUUAAAGAUCAACUGAUAAGCGGCUUAGCCAUCAGCUGAUAAGCGGCUUAAAGAUCAGCUGAUAAGCGGCUUAGCCAUCAGCUGAUAAGCGGUUUAGCAGCUUGGGAAAAAGGGGGGGAAAAGGAAAAAAACCCCGCAGGAACUCGCAAGACAUUUUCGUCUUGCGAAGCAAGCACAUAGGAAAUUCGUUUUGCGAAGCACCUCCAAAACGGAAAACCCUUUCGUCUAGCGGGUUUUCCGUCUUGCGGGGCACCACUGUAUUUUGCUGCUGCUAGUUUUUAAUUUAACUAACUACUCUUACUCGUUUUGCUUCUAUUUUUAUCUUCUCAUACGUUUGUAACUGUAUAUUUAGUUCGUUAGCCUGCUGCAUUGGGCCACUUACUGUGGCAAAGGAGGGCUUUCUCCAAGCAUUCAUGGAGUAGUCACAGAUAUCGAGCAGCUAUUGUGUUUGCACAAAUGGUUUGUUAACUUGUAGGUGUAAAAAACAAAAGCAAGAAGAAUUCAGAAUAAACAUAUCCACUCUUUGCUGGAAUUUUAGAAACAGACAUGUAAAUGAAGACACAGAACUCCACAGUAUUGUGGUGAUUACUUUUGUUAUCCCUUGUCCCAAAACAUAUCCUAAUAAAGCUUUAUUUGUGUGUUACAUUAAGAGACCAAUGCUUUAGGUCCAUGCUCACUUUUAAUUCUUGGUGCAGUGGCACUGGUUUGGCUGAUAGCAUUCUCGCUUGGGGUUCUUUCCCAGGUCCUUGCAGCAUCCAAGGUCAAAGAGUGAAGGUGUACCAGCCAGAGGAGGAAAACAGCUGGGUCUCUGCUGUUGUGAGCUGUCAAGAUCCUAUCACCUGUCUGAUGGAGGUGGUUUUGACUGAGGUGUGAAGCUUUUCUUGCGGUUUCUUGAUGCCUGAUUUCCUUUCUUCAUUUAGCUACCAACAGUUAUUUACAUGGUCUUAGUUAUGUUGCGUGGACUGUGACAUUUAAUACAAGCACACUCAGCAUGAGCAGAACUCUGACAGUUUUCAGCAUUUAAGCAAAUUCUAGUCUUUUAUAGUUGCAGCCAAGAAAAGCAGUCGGAGUGGAAUAUCCUAAUGGUUAGGGAAUGCAUCAUUUUCAAAGUACAAACAUCACCUCCUGCCUUUCUACCAUCUUACAUUUAUUUCCAGUCUCCUAAGCUUAUAGAGCCAGGCUCUUUUACAAGUCCUCCUUAAAGAAAAGAUUGCGUUCUAUAUUUUGCCAAAAUCAUUUUUGCAACCAUGAAAAUGUAUGUACUAUUAAAAUGGAAUAAGUUAUGUAAAAUUACUUCAGUUACAUUUAUAAGAUUGAAGACGAUAAGGGAUAUGGAAUGGGAGCACAGCUUGCAGGGAAAAGGCAGGUGAAGAGGGACAUUGGGGAAGCUGCUUUUAUGAUCAGUAUCUUACCAGUCUUUAUGAUUGACUUUGUCUUCUCUCCCUCUCCCCCUUUGUUGCCCACAAAAAUCAGACUGGUGAAAUCAAGUCAGUGGAUCCCCGACUGAUUCAUGUAGUGAUGGACACCUCUGCACUGAACGAGGUACACAUACUGUGUUGCACCAGGUCAUUAUAUUAGCAAUAAUGUUUUAAAGAUCUCAUCUCAAAAACAUAUUAUGGCAGCUGUCUUAAAUGUAUCUAUAUUUUCAUAGAGCUAUUAGUUUGACUUCCCAGUUAAGGCUUCAGUCCGUUACAGACUUAAGUUGAGUAAAUUCCAUUGAAUUCAAGGGACUUAUGAAUGAGUAGGUAUGCAUACUAUCGUGCUAUAAAUCUUUUAGGUAUCCUGGUCCCAAGCUGUAUAGGGUUGUGCACACCAGUACCAUCACCUUGCUCCUUGCCUAGUAGCUAAUUGGCCCCAGUAGCUAAUUGGCACUAGUUGCCCCAGUGAGCAGUCAAGUCACUGCAUUCUGCAGUAACUGCAGCUUCUGGGCCAACCUUAGGAGCAGCCCUACUCAGAGGCAUAGCAGUACAGUGGUACCUCGGAUUACAGACGCUUCAGGUUACAGACUCCACUAACCCAGAAAUAGUACCUCAGGUUAAGAACUUUGCUUCAGGAUGAGAACAGAAAUUGCGCAGCUGCCGCGCGGCGGCAGUGGGAGGCCCCAUUAGCUAAAGUGGUGCUUCAGGUUAAGAACGGACAUCCAGAACGAAUUAAGUUCUUAACCCGAGGUACCACUGUAAUAGAGGAUAGCAGUGUGUGGACUACAGUGAUCAUCGUAUCCUGGUCCAGAAACAGCCAUAGCUGUCUUACCAGCCAAAGCUGGUAAAAAGCAUUCCUACUCAGUGAGGUCACCUGACUCUCUAGUGACAGAGAUGGAUCCAGGAGCCCCCCAAGACUAUGAACCUUCCUCUUAGAGUAUACAGCUCCAUCCAAAGCAGGCAGCUGAUGAACUAUCUGGAUUUGGGAGCCACUCACUCAUAGUGCCUCUCUUGCUUUGAUUCAGCUCAUUUUGUUGGCCCUCAUCCAGCCCACAACAAAGUCCAGGCAGUGGUCCAGAGCUCUUGCACAGCCUCUGCUGUUUCAGAUGUUACAGAGAAAUAGAACUAUGUAUCAUUAGCGUACUAGUGACACCUGACCCCUAAGCCCCUGAUGUUUAAAGCAAUGUGUUAAUUGUUUCAUGGCCAGGCUCAUUUAAAACCUUUGGCACUGGCUUCUUCUUUGUAGUCAUAUGUGCUUUUAUUUGUUAUAGGGAGCUUCUCUAAAGGCAGCAAAAUCAUCAAAAGGAAAAAAGAAGAGAGAAAGUGUGGAAGGGAAAGAUGGACGAAGGAGAAAAAAUUCUUCCGAUACUGGGUGUGAUCAUGCAACGAAGAAGCUAAAGGAGAGGGGUGAAGUGGAUAGCAAUGGGAAUGAUGGAGGUGAGGCAAAUAGGGGAGCUUGGAAAGGAUGCAGCAGCAGCGACGUGACUCUGGAUCCAAGGGCCAAGCAACUUCCUCCAUUUGUCCCUCAAGUUAAUCGCAGUAUUCGUUUUGCCACAUACACCAAGGAGAAUGGCCGAACUCUUGUGGUCCAGGAUGAACCAGUGGGUGGUGAGCCACCUAUGCCCUUUACUUCCUUGUCUUCAACUGCUUCCCAGGCACUGCUGAGUGGCAGUGGUAACCAAGAAAUGGCAAAAUCAUUAGAGCAGGUCAGCCAAGUCCAGGUGCCUGCCCCUGCCAUUAUUCCUACAGCUGGGCCAACGCCAGCUACUGUGCGGAUUCCAGAUGCUGGCAUGUCAGCAGCUACUGGACAAGAAAAACAGAAGGCAGGCCAUUUGCCUGUUCAGGGAGAGGUAAGCCAUUUACAGUCAGCAGAGUAGUGAUAAUACAUAGCACAUAAAUAUAUAUAGCACUUUGUAUACCUUGUCUUGCUGUAACUCUUAGAAUAGCUGUGUUAAGGCUAUGUACAGCUGUACAGUUGGAGCAUUGUAGCGGACUUGAGAUCCUUACCUGUUAUGAUUGAUGUGGCCAUCUAGCAGGAUGUGGAAUACUACGACUGCAGACUUGUGAUCUGGUAGGGUCUUACGUUUUGCUCAGUGUACAGUGUGUUCUUCUCCAAAUUUAUACAUUAGGGAAAGGGUGCUGGGUUUCACAGUAAAGAAAACUUGCAUUCAUAGCCUCUGGUUUAGUAUAUCUUUAUUGUCCAUAAGAACAUCCCCCCGCCCCAAAAAAAGUGAUUUCUAUAGCUACGGGGGGAAGCUCAUGGGGAAAAUAUGGCAACUAAACUUACAAGAGAGAUCAGUGUGUUUAUAUUUUAAUCUUCUAUAGAUAGGCAAAACAAUCCUACUUGGUCAAGGGAGAGAGACUCAAAGGCAAACAAAGCACCAAAUCCAAAGCCCUGCUGGGCUUUGCAGAAAAGGGGAAAGUGUCAUUCCUCUUUUUUUCCUCCUCCACUAGAGGCUUUUUUAAAAAAUGAUUUUUCCUGCUAUUGGGACCAUUGGGAGGCACAAUAACUACGCUAGCCCCAGGGGUAAUGUACUUUCGUCCUGUUUCAGGGGCAUGUCGGGAUCCAAAGCCUCCCCCAGUCCACCUGCAACACACUCCUCGAAUACCCCCUUUUUGCUUUCUCUGCCAUCAGAGCAAAAGCAAAUGAAUGACAGCCAUGGAAUUUUUGACACUUGCAAGGCAGCCCCACCCAUAGCUCUCCCUCUUCCUCACAUAAAGGGAGAUCUGCAAAGUCCUGGGACCCCUGGGACACCUAGGGACCAUAAGAUGGUAGCCUAGAGGGAGCAGUCAAUAAUUUCGGAAUGGUUGUUUUGAUACACAUGUUGCCAUUUUAAAGUAACAUUUUAGAAAUUGAAUUUAAAAUAUUGAAUUUCAUUUGUUUUUCUUUUCCAUUAUACCCAUUCUUGUUAGCAUUUUGAAGCAAGGUUUGCAGAGAUACAAUAAACUCAUUUAAAUUUUUGAAAGUUUUAAAUUAAUUUGGGCAGCCUGCAGAAUCUGGGCAUUUUGUCUCAUGCCUCGACUGUUGUUGUGCAACAUGUAUAUUUCUGAUAAAGAACAAGCUGCCAAGAGAUACUGCAAAGGCAGUAUAUUGGGGAAAAUAAAGCAGGCUUCGGGAAAGUGUUUUGUCCUCUCUUGGGAGAGGAGAACAACUGACUGGUUUCCUGUUUUGUUUCAGAUUUCCCCCAAUUCAAUGUUGGCUUCAUCAGGGUUUGGAGUGGCACACUCAGCUGGUUCCCAACCUGUGGUGUUUGACAGCGGGCGAAGCCAGUCCAAUGGAGUAAUAGCUCCAGAGAAGAAGCCUGUUGGAUUUCCAUUUGGUAGUAGCACUGGUCAUGAGGUCCAGAAAGACUCUGAUUUAUCAAAUAACUUGUUUUUUCAGUGCAUGUCCCAGAAUCUUCCCUCCAGCAACUACUUCACAGCCUUGUCAGAGAACCUGGCUGAAGAGCCCGCUAGUCAGGACUCGUUAAAAAAAAAUUCAGAGAGCCUGAGUGCGGGCAUCUGCAAAGGUAAAGCUCUUGCAGGAGAAGCUAAAGCUGGGACUCAAUUGGGCAGUUCUGUGGACCGGAAACUGCCAGCGGAAUCUAUGCCCACGCUUACUCCAGCUUUCCCCCGAAACAUUAUGAGUACUCGACCUCCAGAAAAUCACGAGAAUCUCUUUUUGCAACCCCCAAAACUCUCACGAGAGGAGCCCUCAAACCCUUUCUUGGCAUUUUCAGAAAAAUCAGAACUCAGUCCUUUCAGCAGCUUCGCCUCUUCCUCUCAGCCAGGAGCAACUGCUACUCCUUCUUCAGUUCUUGGUUCCAAGGCAGCUUCUGGCUGGCCAGAUUUGCACACUGGAGCUGACUCUUUAGCUAAAAAGAAAAGCUUGUUUAUAACGACUGAUUCUUCCAAGAUCCUGUCCAGUGCACCUACUUCAACUCGCUUUCCCGGUGUUCAGAGUUCAUCUACUCUGGGGAAUGGCCGUUCCACCUCACCUAUCGGAAGCUUGACACAACCUAUUGAAAUGCCCACGCUCUCCUCCAGCCCAACAGAAGAAAAGCCAUCUGUUGGGCCUGGGCAGCAGGACAAUCCUCUUAUGAAAACCUUUUCUAAUGUGUUUGGCAGACAUCCGGCUGGCUUUUUCUCUUCACAGGCAGAGCUGGCACUGGAGAACAAAAACCCCUUUGAAACUGUGAAAAGGUUCUCUCUAGAUGAGCGCAGCAUGCCGUCUAAGCAGGAUUCUGAUUCCAGUACCAAUAGCGACCUCUCGGAUAUGAGUGAUUCUGAGGAGCAGCUGCACACCAAAGCUUGUCUGAAGGGAAUCCCAGAGCAUCUGAUUGGGAAACUGGGUCCUAAUGGCGAGCGGAAUGCGGAACUACUAAUGGGCAAAGGAAAAGGGAAACAAACCCCUAAGGGCAGGCCUCGCACAGCGCCCCUGAAAGGUGACAGCUUUAAAGGAAGGGUUAUUUGAGGAGGGCUGAAGGAGGGCUGCUUUUUGUUCUGUACUUCCAUAUUAUCUGUGCGGUCAGCCGUGUGGUGUGUGACCUUCUGUCAAAUAUGUCCUCUGUGCAUGUAGCCAGAAGCAAGGCAUCAGAAGAACACACCACCAACCUGAGAGUCUUACAUCUGUCUGCAUGUACUUGCAGUUCAUUUUUUGGGUGAAAGCAUUAUCUUGCAUUCUUCACAUUAUAGAAAAAUGUUUACUCCCCUAUUUUCAGGAAAUUAUAAAUGGAUACAAUCUGGUUGCUGUCAGAAGUACAUGUAUGAACUGAAUGUUAACUUAGAAGGACUGCUUAGGGAGCACAGCAAUGUAUGCUACUGUACUAAUGUGACUAGAUGUUUCUGCAUCUUGAAACCCCUAAUUAAUAUUGAUACUUUAGAGCAAGUUUAGGAACCCUUGGUAUGAAUUCUUAAGUCCCAUGCAGACUUUUUUUUUUGAUGGGAAAAGACUAAAUGCAGAGUGGGAGUGGAAUCAUGCCUGCUCCUGCUUUUGCCUGGCUGAAAUUAGGAGUGAUAGCCAUCUUUACUCAGUUCAAAUAGAGCCACUGAAAAAUGUGCACAGAGUACUCCCAUUGAAUCAAUGGAUAAGUUACUUGAAUUUCACUUAACUGCAUAUUACCUUAUGUUUGCUGAAAGGCAUGUAAAUAUGUAGGCCUGAUCGAAGCACUGUCUUUGAUAUGUAGAGAUUAUCUGUAUCAGGCUUGCAUGUCCAGGCCCCUAUGCUGAUGCCCAGUUUACAAAUGUCAAGUACAGACAAGUCCAGUCCUGCUCUCUAUCAAACUGAACAUCGGUACAGUGCUACAUUCUAUAGGAGUCAGCAUUAAAUAAGUUCUACUUGGAAUUUGACAUCCUUUCCCUCUGUUGUUCUGUUGAAUGCCUCUAAUUGUUAACUUUGCUUCAUAGUUGGCCAGUCUGUACUGAAAGACAUGAGUAAGGUGAGGAAGCUGAAGCAGUCAGGGGAAGCAUUCCUCCAAGAUGGCUCCUGUAUCAACGUAGCCCCUCAUCUGCACAAGUGCCGGGAGUGUCGGUUGGAACGCUACCGGAAGUUCAAGGAGCAGGAACAGGACGACUCCACUGUAGCCUGUCGCUUCUUCCACUUCCGCAGGUAAUAAAGCUCCCUGAGCAUGUCUUGUUGGUAUACUGUGCUUGUUGCUGGUUAAUGUGUCACUUGGCUUUUAAAUAUUUUAAAUAUUAAGAUAAUGCUAAGUAAUUUCAUCUCUUCAAAAUUGUACAUCCUUGCUGCAAUGACAGUUGCAAUUCCUGCUGUAGCUUCUGAGGGCUCCUUGCAGGCAUAGAACUUUCCAUUGAGCAGUGAUCUCUGAACCCACUGGCACUUCUGUCCACCUGGUGCUUUUUCUUAGGAUCAUAGAAUUGUAGAAUUCAAUCCCCUGCAAUGCAGGAAUCACAGCUAAAUAAUCCCUGACAGACCUCUGUUUAAAAACCUCCAGUGGAGAAUCCACCACCUUCCAAGGUAGUCAGUUCCACACAUCAUCUGGAAACUGGCCUGUAAAAUUGCACCAGAAUAACAGGAUGGCCAUUUAAAGCAAGAUUUUAAGAUUUAAAAGCAAAAACAAAGAUGGAUUUUUAAUUUAAAUACUAUGUUUUAUAUUUUUAAAAAACAUUUCAGGUACAUUGCACUUUAAAAAAAACACUUUCAUUCAUAUUUUACUAUAAAAUCAUUUAAACAAACUGGUUGAAUUUUACACUUAAAACCCAAUGCCUCUGUCAGGCAUACUGAAUUAAAACCUGGUUUUUAUAUCAUAGAACAAACCAUGAGAUGAGAUGAAAUAUUUUAUUUUUGAGGCAAGCAAGCGUUAUACUAUGGGUACUGCAUUAUUAUGACAAUUAAAAAAUACUGAGUUCUUACCUGCUAAUGUGAGCAUUUACUUUCCCUGUUACAGAGAGAGAUGGUGUUCUUAAAGUGGUAUCUAAUAGGCCUCCACUGAUAGGAGACUCUUUGAUCUCAUGUAGGUCCAUCAAGGAACAAGGAGGGGGGUGAUUUUUUAUUAUCCCCCCCCUCACUAGCUCUCCUGCACCCCCCCAAUCUGUUCUGGAGGAUGGGAGGGUGCAGGAGAAAGGGGAAAUUGCCUCCCUUCCCUUUCCCCUGGCAGAAGUUCCUGUUGGAUCAGAGAGACUCUGGUAGUGAUGGGAUACCAACUGGAUACAAUCCAUAGUAAUUACCCCCCUUACUUUUAAAAUGUUCUGGGGAAUUGGUCCAUGGACCAACAUACCCAGCUGUAUUGGAUUGUGUCUCUUGUGUUAAGUUAACAGUUUUGCUUGCAUGCGAGCAGAAAACGAAACAGAAACCUAUUAAUGACAAAAUGUUCCCCCUUUUCUAAACUGAUAAAAUUGUGUGAUACAAAAGGCAUGUUGGUUGCAUGACCAGAGACCAGAGACUUUGAAUUAUUCUCAUAGAUAGUACUGUAACACUAAGUACUGUAGUGUUUGAGCUACAAAACAAGAUGUGUUGAUUAUUAUAGCAAAUAAUAGGUGUGUACUCUUAUUCUGGAAAUGCUUGUAUUUAGUUGGGUUGUAUCCAGCUAAAUUAUUGCAUACACAGAAGCUUCCCCCAAGCUGCUGGAGCAGAUCUGGGUGUGGUGCAGGAAGGAGGAAAGCUCUGUUGUGGUUGAGGAAGCUGUUCCAGACAUGCAAUUAUUUAGUUGAAUGCAGCACCAUGAUCUACAUCCAUAUUUUUUCUUGGUGAUUUAAGCUGCAUAUUAAAAUCACCUUGAUUUAAGAAAUCCAUUCUGAAAAAUAGACAUCUGUUUCAUAAGAGGGUGGUUACAUGCAGGCAUUUUGGAAACCGUAUGAGUCUGGCCUCACAGAGCUUUAGAUUUUAGUGUGCAUUCAUGAAGGAUGUUAAUUGUAUAAGACACUAAUAUGUAAAAAAGACUAAGUUGCUUGGCAGGAUGUCAGUGUUACAGAAAUGUGGUUAAACUGGCUUGGAACUAGUUGAAGUGGCAAAAGAUCAUGGAUGCAUAAAACCCACAGUGAUGCAUACCCUGCUUUAAACCAUACUUCUCUGUACAUAUUAGUGCAUGUUGUGCUGUUGAGUAUCUGUUAACUCAUUUGUGAUCUAGUGAAGAAAAGCGUGGGGAAAAUAGUAAUUAUUAUUAAGAAUUUUGCCUUCUAAAAAUGGCGGUGUGCAAAAUGAAGAAAAUAGUUGAUUAUAAUGUUUGUGCAUCCUAAAUAAUAUUGCCUCUUUUUGUUUUGUUUUUAAGAAUCCCUCUGAGGCAGGGGGAAAGCAUUGCUCAAUAGCAGGACAGCCGUACAUGCAGAAAGUCCCACGUUAAAUUUCCAGUUAAGACUAGCCUAGAUAAUGCGCUCAUUUUGUGGGUAGGAGCUGUUUAGGCAGAGUGAGUGAGGUGUUAGCCAAGGCCUAACCAUUUUAAGGUAGUUUAUAUGUUCUCUGAAAGAAAUGGUGACAAUUUGUUUUGAAAUUCAGAGUUCCCCACUUUGUUUGUAAGGAGUACUUGCUUCCAAGCCCACUGCCCAUUUAUUCCCUGCUCUUUAACCAGUUACUGGACCAUAAUACGACCUGUCAUUUUAAUCCCAUUAUUGCUUUGGUACUCAAUAGUUUUUGGUGUAGGGCUUUAUCAAAAGUUUCUUGAAAGUGAGUGGAAUUGGACUCAUCCUGCCCCACGUGCUCAUUGGCACUGUCAGAUAACUCUAAAAGGUUAGUUUGCAGAAGCCAUGCUUGUUAUUCAGGAAGACUUGCUCUUUUAUAUGCUUCGUAAUUUUUAUCUUUUAGAAAUGCUGUCUACCAAUUUUUUUCAGAACAGAUGUUAAGCCAACCAGCCUCUAAUGAUACUUUCUAACAAAGGUUUCUACAGCACCGUGUCUUCAGGAACAAAUCUAUCAAUUGUACUAGUUCUAAAGAAUAGUCAUGGAGGAAACCUCCAUUUCAUUUGUGUUUUGAAGAGAUUGUAGCUAAUGUGCUCUUUUAACUAGCUCAUAGUUUUGUUUCAGACUGAUAUUUACUCGGAAGGGUAUACUACGAGUAGAGGGAUUCUUGAACCCCCAACAGAGUGACACUGACGCUUUGAGCUUGUGGAUCCCGUCUACUGCCCCUGCAGAGGGAAUUGACCUGGAAACUUCCAAAUACAUCCUGGCCAAUGUUGGAGACCAGUUUUGUCAGUUAGUUAUGUCUGAGAAGGAGGCAAUGAUGAUGGUGGAACCACACCGUAAGUUGGUGUUUUCUUUUAAUGCGUGUGUGUAACUGGAACUCGAUUAUUGAAGAAGAUACCCAACCCAUUACUCUAUGGUUUAUUCUGCAAGUAUUUGAAUACCUGCAAGUGUUGAAUAGCUAAUGGAGUUGCCCUUGUGGAGUUUGGAAGUGGAUGGUGGCCUCUUUCUCACAUACUAGUUUGUCCAGCCAAUGAUCUAAAGCAGUGGUUUUCAACCAAUGUGCCGUGGUCCCCUGGGGUUCUUUAAAUGAUGGUCAGGGGUGCCGCGGGCAACACUGGCCUCUAUCCCUCUUUCCUUCCCUCUCUCCUCUGACGCCGUCUCACGUCUCUGCUUCCCAAAGGCUUGCUCAGCCGUUUGUUGCAGCUGUCCUGGCUACAAGCUCCGCAGGUGAAUGAUGCCUCUGGGGCUGACCAGGGGGUGCUGGUUGCCAGAAGUUGAGGUGGCCUCGGAGUAAGCAAGCCAGCCAGUCCACCAGCCCUUGCUGUUGGGAAUGGACAGACAAGUUCUAGGCCCCCGUGGGGCAGUGUGAGGAGGCACCUCUCUUUCGAGCAGGGGCGGCAGCUCAGAGACCAGGAGCAGCAGCUGUGGCUGCUCAGAGGACUCCCAAGGAGAGGAGAGAGGGAAGGAGACUAAGGGAGCACUCCACAAGGGAGGGUGUUCAAAAAAGGGUGAGAGGCUGCCAGCUCUGCAGGCAAGGGGUGACAUAACUGGGCUCCUGAGCCCCACAGGGCAGGAAGAAUGUAACUGGUCAAGGGAGCCAUGCACUGAAAAAGCUUUAAAACCUCUGAUCUAAAGGAUAGUGAUAUUCAUUUUUCUUUUACAUAUCACUUUUCUGGAAUGUAUGGAAUUUAUGAAAAUGUCUUAAUAAAUCAAACCUUGGCCUACUAAUCUGUUAGAGGACCAAUUUUCUUAAGUCCCAUUUUUGCAUUAUAUGCUGUUAAGGAAAUUACUCCCACAUAAGUCUUCAUAUAAAGGAAUCUCUUAAAAAUUGGCAAUAAGAGUAUAGGAAAAGCCCUGCAGGAUCGGACCAAAGGCCCAUCUAGUCCAGCAUCUUGUUCUUACAUUAGCUAAACAGAUGCCUGUUGGAAGCCCUCAAACAGUACCUGAGUACACCACCACUUUCUCCACUUGUAUGCAAUUGGUAUUCAGGGAUAUGUCGUCUCCAACAGUGGAGGUGGAACAUAGCCUUCAUAACUAGUAGCCACAGCUAGCCUUACCCUCCAUGAAUUUGACUAGUCCUCAUUUAAAAACAUCCAAGUUGGUGGCCAUCGCUGCAUCUUGGAAACACCCCCCCCCCAUGGUCUCCAGAACUAUUGCAUGAAUUAUCCUGAAUCCAAUACUGUAGAUGUAUGAGACUGAGGCCUUUUCUGGAGUUUCUCAAACUCUUGUCUCUCAAUACUACCAUCACUUCUCUCUCUCAAACACGUUUUCAUUUUGAAUUUGAACCACUUUUAAGAAAUUAUUGUAAAACCAAGAAAUUGUUGUAAACCAACUUUACAGCAUGGUUGUAAAGUAUAAUCUGUUAACAUGUGCCUCCUUGAUUUUAUUUAUUUUAAUAGAGAAAGUGGCCUGGAAGAGAGCUGUACGCGGAGUGAGGGAGAUGUGUGAUGUAUGUGAAACAACACUGUUCAAUAUUCACUGGGUUUGUCGCAAAUGUGGCUUUGGGGUGUGUCUGGACUGUUACCGUCUCAGAAAAAGCCGUCCACGCAGUGGUGAGUACUUGUUAUUUGUCCAAGAAUGCUGCAAAGUUUAGAUGGGCGUUCUGCUUUUGGUGGUAGGAUUGGGGAGGAAUUGUUCUGUGUGAAGGCUAAGUGAUCAGUUUGCUGUGUUGCUAGAUAAGAUAAAGGAUGAUAUGGAUUGAGAGUAUUGGCCUAAUUUCCUCGGCUGCUGCUUCAUCCUCCUGCUUCCUCAUGGCAGCAUAAUACAGAAUUAUCUUCUAUGUUGAGCUUAGCCAUGCCUUCAAGAACAGGGAUGGCAUGUAUAGGAUCAUCAUGUAGAAUGAGGACAGUUGGAAUAAGGAAGAACAUAGGGAAUUGCAGGUAAAAUUCCUAAUCUUGCACUAGGGAUAGCUUAAAGAAUUCACCAAUGUGUUCUUAAGGAACUUUCAACGUGGCACAGUUGACCUUUGGAGUAAAGCAUGUCAUCUAAUUGCUAAAAUAGGCCUUUAGUUAUUUUCCAAGUGUCAGGUAUUACCAUUAAAAAAACCCAAGGUUUGGGAUAUUACAGACCCAUCAGCCAGGAGCUAAGAAGGUCUUGUAUUGAAAUAACUUUGGGUUCUUCCAUUUCAUGUUUCUUUACCGGGUGGGAGAGCAAGGGGGAGGUGUGUGAAUCUCUCUCACCCAGCCUCCCUGGAGACAAUUCUGAAGAAAAAUAACUUCUGAACAGGUUACAGAAGGCUUUAUGGUUGUGAUUCAUAUAACAAUCCUUGGUCAUGCAUAAUUUUGCAAUGCUCUAGGUGUGCUUUUGCUAGUAAAAUUGAAGCCCUUGCUGGAGUAGUUUUUACUUCAUUAGAGAAUGCAAGCCCUUUCAAUGCUUUGAAACUAAAACAGGAACUGUGUGCUGACUAAGGACAGAUUGGAACAAGGGUUUCUGUCUGAUUUUUCUAUUUUGUCCUGUGAACUGUCCCAACCUAUCAUGUCUUUUAUAAAAAGGAAAAUGAAUAUAAUGUUUGAGGCAGGAUGUUCCAUAUUUAAGAGGUAAUGUGAUAAUCUAGCAGAAAAGCAAGCAUAAGGCUGCACAAAUACACGUAAUUGAUACACAUAUAGAUUAUGGAUGCACAAGCACAUUACUGAAAGGAGUUGUGGAGAGUUUCAACAGAGCUUGAAAAAACAUCUUCCAGUGUGGAAAUAGGACAGAAUAUUGAUUCUAGGUUUGUGUGUUCAUGUUUUAAUCUUGCAUACCUAACAUUUGAUGCAUUGACACACCUUUCAUUAGCACAGCCUUCAUUACCCCUCCAGCUGUUUUGGACUGAAACUCCCAUCCAGCUGCAACUGUCUCUGAAGGGUUUUAGUAGCACAUUAAGCACCACAACAGACGGCUGUUGCAUGUUUUGUUUGACUAUGAAGAGAGUGCUCAGCAAAACCUGCCACCUUUGAAUUUAUUAGUUUGAAGCCGUUGUAGUACUAGAACAUGCAAGCAAGCAUUUAGAAAGUUAAAAGAUCUAAUUGUCUUUCUAUUUCAGAGACAGAGGAGAUUGGUGAUGAAGAGGUUUUUUCAUGGUUGAAGUGUGCAAAGGGACAGUCGCAUGAACCAGAGAAUCUCAUGCCAACACAGAUAAUCCCUGGCACAGGUGAAUCUAUGUCCCAUCAUGUCUCUCUUCUUUGACAGAUUUUAUCCUGCUUUUCAGCCACAAAGGUUCCCAGAUCAGCUUGCAAAUACCAAUAAUAAGAUGUCCUUCUCUCAGGCUUACAAUCUAAAAGACAAGGGGAAAGAGUUGGAGGGAGGAGGAGAACAGCAACCUUGGGCAUGAGUUCAUAGUAACAAAUUUCUUAUCACAAUCAGCAGGAAUGGAGAACAGUUUGCUGACAGGAGCAAAAAGUCGCUGCUCUCUUAGCUGUGCCAGUGGCAUGGCUCUGCUUCCCUCAUUUUCCUCCUCUCUGCUACAACAGUUGGUGGAAGCAGUGGCCUAAUGGUGCUGUCUUCUCAGCUGAGCUUUGUAGGAUCCUGCUUCCCUUCACUCCCUCUCUUACAGCCUGAGGUAAUGACUGUUGCCAGGUCCUCGUUAGGUCGUGGUUCGUUUCUGCCAUCAGAUCCAGCCAGGUGGAUUCAUUAUUUGAAUGCAUUUUUGUAACAAGAGUGCACCUGCAGUUGCAGAGUUCUCAUCGCUUACAAGGAUGCUUAUUAGGUUAUUAAAGCUACUUGAGGCAGCUGUUAAAGAGAGUGUCCUAACAAUUAGUGCCAUUAAUAGUAUUGUCACAACAAAGGUAAUGAUUUUUAUGCAGACAGAGGGUCUCCCUUCCCAGCCUAAAAGCCAUACAGUGGUACCUCGGGUUACAUAUGCUUCAGCUUACAUACGCUUCAGGUUACAGAUUCUGCUAACACAGAAAUAGUACCUCGGGUUAAGAACUUUGCUUCAGGAUGAGAACAGAAAUCAUGCUCCGGCGGCGCGGCAGCAGCAGGAGACCCCUUUAGCUAAAGUGGUGCUUCAGGUUAAGAACAGUUUCAGGUUAAGAACGGACCUCCAGAACGAAUUAAGUACUUAACCCGAGGUACCACUGUACUCUUAAACAUAGGUUCACGCUUGUAAAAAGCCUAGAAGAUCUACCAUUUCAGCUGUAAGAAAGAUACCAGUCCCUGCAUUUUAAGACUUUCAGAUUUUGUUACAAAAUUUGAUACUAAGGUUUCUCACUUUUCAGCACUGUAUAGUAUUGGAGACAUGGUUCAUGCAGCCCGUGGCAAAUGGGGAAUUAAAGCCAACUGCCCAUGUAUUAAUCGGCAGAAUAAAUCUGUGCUGCGACCUGCUGUCACCAAUGGAAUUUCACAGGUAUGUGAACUUUUAUUACGGCCGAAAUCUCUUAUGUGAUCCUGAUAGAAAUUGUCUACUUCCUCUAGGCAUCCUGACCUGGGCUGUUGUUUUUAAAAAGAGUUGUUGGUAUUUUGUGUGUUGAAAUAUUUUUUUGCUAUUGCUUUGUGCAAUUUGAAGUGCUAUGUUAAUGAAAAUGCAGAUUAUAAAGAAAAAGCCAUUACUAAAGAUGUGGUAUUUCAUACUUAUUUUGCCUUUUUACAUGGCCUUAGAUAGUAUGUCUACCAGUGGAAUAUUUAUUUUUUUCUGAGUUUGGAAUAUACACAACCUGUUAGUGUCAAAUGUUUUUUUGUUUGUUUUUGAAAUUUGAAAGAAUAAUAAUGUACCCUGGUCUCCUUAUCUAAUAUAUUUGCUUGUAUCCAGAAUAAGCUCAUGUAAUGGGUUCAUGGAAGCUAAGUCCCCCAUCCCACUAUUCCCAAUUGCAGCCCUCCACCCCAGUGUUCUGCCAAGGGUUAGGGAGACCCUUCUGAACUGGGGGGAAGAUGGACUCCCUUAAAAUAUUUUGAGUUUGUCUCAUGCUUGUGUCUAGUCUUAAUAUUGCUGGUUUUAAAAAAACUUUACAUUUGUCUCAGUUGUUUAAAGAAAUACCGUAUUUUUCGCCGCAUAGGACGCACUUUUCCCCCUCCAAAAAUGAAGGGGAAAUGUGUGUGCGUCCUACGGGGCGAAUGCAGGCUUUCGCUGAAGCCUGGAGAGCGAGAGGCAUCGGUGCGCACCGACCCCUCUUGCUCUCCAGGCUUCAGGAAGCUAUCCGCAAGCCUUGCAAGCCCGGCGGGAGUUCCCGCGGGCUCACAAGGCUUGUGGGCAGCAGCCUGCCACCCGAAGCACAGGGAGCCCUCCGGAGUGCUCCCCGUGCUUCGGGCGGGUGUCCGCAAGCCUUGCGCGCCCGGCGGGAGGUCCUGCCAGGCGUGCGAGGCUUGGGACGGCAGCCACGGCUGGGGGGGUUAAUAAUUUUUUUUAUUCAUUUCCCCCCCAAAAAACAAGGUGCGUCCUAUGGGCCGGUGCGCCCUAUAGGACGAAAAAUACGGUACUUAAGUUUCAGUUACCACAUUUUGACUUCCCCACGUGUGAUCCUCUGUUUCAGCAGCUUCCCAGUAUGAAUCCCAGUGUAUCCACACCUGCAAAUGAAAGCGCUUUCUCCAGUGGCACAGGGACAACAGAAGGAGGGCAGACGGACACUAAUGUUAUUCCUAAGUCAGAAGCUACAGAGGACAAAGCUGAGGAGCCUAUAAAGACAGAGGCUCAAGGAACCAGUAACAGUGGGGAGACAAAACCUAACAAGUCACUAUGUCCAGAAACAAGUCCCUCCUCAGCACUGCAUUGGCUUGCAGAUUUAGCAACACAAAAGGCAAAAGAAGAAACAAAAGGUAAGUUCUUGGGGAGCUGAAGAUUUUUGCUAGAGAGCUGAUUAUCACCCUGGAGAGAGAGGGAUGUUUUUGAAGAUGAGAAUUUAGAAGACCGAAAAAACCAGGGACACUCCAAGAUGCCUGCUUUUUGCAUGUCAAGACACAUUGUUUUAAUUCUCUUGAUGUUCAUAAGCCACACUGGGACAUCUCUCUUUCUUAACCCAAAUGGCAAACAGAUAGUUCUGUGAAGUUUCAAGCAUGUUGAGGGAUUAUUUUUGGGUACUUAGCUAUUCAGGGAUGUUUAAAAGAUUACAGCACUAAUAAAACAAAUGCAGCAUGUCACUUUCACAUACGCUGCAACUGCAUUGGAAAAAUUACUUUUUAACAUCUGUUGUAAUUUCACAAGUGCUGACAUCAUUUAUUUGAUGUGAGGGGAGUCAUAUCACAUGGAAUUCCAUGCCUGUCUGAAAAUUUGGUAACUAUCCAAACAGUAGUAUUGCACCUGCAUUUCAGAUAGAAUUGUAGAGUUGGAAGGCACCACAAGGGUAAUCUAGUUAACCCCCUGCAAUGCAGGAAUCUUUUGUCCAACAUGGGCCCAAACUCACAACCUUGAGAUUAAAAGUUAUUCUGGACUAACCUAUCUGUUUUGGCUUUGUAAAACUGAUACAUAAUUACUUGGUUUUGACCAUUUCUUAGGCCAUCUUAGUACAUCUUAAACUGGUAAAGAACUUGCGUAAAGGUGGGGUUUGGGUUUUAUUUUGCUUGGAUUUCAUACUGAGACCGCCUUACUGCAUUUUUUCCACAUGUGUUUAAUGAUCAAAUGUAUGAGUGGCUGGUAUCUGGACAGCUACUAGAAUUUUUUUGUAAAUCUUCUGGAAGAUUUGUGUCCUAACAAAUUUAAACUGUUGCCGGCUGGAGCAUCGCUAAACCUUUGAAGGUCACACAUAAAACACUGGCCCUUUGACAUUAAGACAUUCUAUUCCAUUCUAUUCCAUUAGUAUUUAUGCAAUCUUUUAUUUUCUCCUUCCUCUCAUACUUGCUAUCUUUUCCCAAUUACAACUGCUAUUUUGGCUUACUUGUUUUGUGCUCAUAAAUAUUGUAGUGGUAGUUAUGAUAAGUUUGAGCUUAUGAAAUCUCUUGUUACAAUUCAUAGCCUCACUUCCCUCCUCUGUGAUUGUCAAAAUACUUGCUUUUGGGGGGGGGGGAAUAUACGUCUUCUCAUGGUGCCUUUUUUGCUUUUUCACAGAAGCUGGAUCACUGAGGUCAGUGCUCAAUAAAGAAUCUCAAUCACCUUUUGGAUUGGAUUCCUUCAACACCAAUGCAAAGGCCUCCCCUUUAACUCCAAAGCUUUUUAAUAGUCUCUUAUUGGGCCCAGUUGCCUCAAGCAACAAGACAGAAGGUUCCAGUCUUCGCGAUUUGCUUAACUCUGGGCCUGGAAAGCUUCCUCAGGCUUCACUUGAUACAGGCAUCCCUUUUCCUCCUGUCUUUUCUGGAGCUUCCACUGUAAGUAAUACUAUUUUUGUUUAGAGGUAUAGAUAGUUGCUUCUUUAAAGUGGUAUGAUCUCUUUCUUCGGGAGGAAAACCUAUACCGAAUUUUUCAAAAUAAGAUUUAUUUAGGCGUUUUAUUGUUUGUCCACUGGCCCAAAGGUGGGUUCGUGGGAGUGGUUUGGCUCAAGUAUACCAAAGAAAGAUUUAGAAAAUUCCAGAGUGAUCAAUUCUGGUCCUUUAUUAUAAGAAGGAAAUGUAGACUUACAGUGGAGCCUUUACAGACCCAGUGAGAGGUUGCCAUGAGUAAUCCGCACCCAAGCAAACAUUUAUACAUUCUUUAUUCACCAGCACUUCGGCCAAGACUUCCCAUCAUUUCACCUGAGCAGAUGAGGGCAUAAGUGGCAAAUAUCCAAAUCUUACAGAUAGUUCCCCUUUCUGGCCCCAAGCCCACAGAUGAACAAGCCAAUUAGCUUCUAUCAAAGCAAGUGAAUGUAAACAUACAGUGGUGCCUCGCAAGACGAAAUUAAUCUGUUCCGCGAGUCUCUUCGUCUUGCGGUUUUUUCGUCUUGCGAAGCACGGAUAUUAGCGGCUUAGCGGCUAUUAACGGCUUAGCGGCUAUUAGCGGCUUAGCGGCUAUUAGCGGCUUAGCGACUUUAAGAAAAAGGAAAAGAACUCGCAAGAACUCGCAAGACGUUUUGUCUUGCAAAGCAAGCCCAUAGGGAAAUUCGUCUUGCGGAACGACUCAAAAAACGGAAAACUCAUUCGUCUAGCGAGUUUUUCGUCUUGCGAGGCAUUCGUCUUGCGGGGCACCACUGUAUAUGAGCUCAUAGUUACAACAACUACCAAUUAACUGUGGUGUUAUCUUGACUACCAAGAUGGCGUUUGGAGAGCUUCUGGAACAGUUCCCCUUUGGUUCAACACAUUGUUAUUCUUUCCUUGGCAUUGUUUUAGCCACUUUAGUGUGCUAACUUUUCUAGAAAGUGUUUAGUUGGUUGAAAGAUCGGAAUCUGUGGCACAGGCAGUAUAUUCUAAUUCUUUACCCAAGACCUGGGUUGCUAUGUGGAUUUGUGUCUUCUAGGGUGCUAAGAAUAAGGCCAGCUUGCCAAAUUUCCUUGAUCAUAUUAUUGCCUCAGUGGUGGAAAAUAAGAAGACGUCUGAUGCUGCCAAGCGAGCAAGCAACGUGGCUGAUACUCAGAAAGAAGUGAAAGAGAUGGUAAUGGGAUUAAAUGUGCUGGACCCACACACUUCCCAUUCUUGGCUCUGUGACGGAAGGCUUUUGUGUCUCCAUGACCCCAGCAAUAAAAACAACUGGAAGAUCUUCAGGGAGUGUUGGAAACAGGGCCAGGUAAAUAAAAAGUUUGUGUGGACAUCCUUUCUGCCUAUGGCAAUAUUUUCAUUGUACCUGAAACAAACUAGCAGCUAUUUAAUGAUACUUAUGUUGGUGCAGACUUUGUUAGUAGUUUAAGGUUGAAGGACAAAACACAGUUAAUGGCACUCGUCUAUGUGUGAUACAAGCACAAAAAUUCAUUUCUGGAACAGGACGUGGUACCCUUAGAACCCUGGGAUUCAGAUAAAUUACAGCAACAAGUUUUGGGCCCUUAUGGUUGGGAAAUUGAGCUAGAUAGAAUAUGGAUAAUGCCAUUCAGAACUUGGCUGGGUUGACCAGGAUUUCCAGCAGCCAGAAGCUUAGAAUUCAGUGCUUCUGUUAAAAAGGUAAAUAUAUUGGGUAUUAUCAAAAGAUGGCCAUCAGCCCAUAGAUUUCAAUUUGUAUAAAGCUAGAAUAGCUUUUCUUAGCACAGAAGUUGGACUUUGAUUUUUUAAUCCAUACAUAAAUUUACGAAACCUACCAAAAUAUUAGAAAUACAUAACCUAUAACAACAUAUAAUAGUCUUAAAAUUUAUCACUAUAAGGUAUUACCUACUUAAUUUGAAUUUACAUUAUUUAAUUUUUCUUUUUUAUAUUGCAUUUAUACAAAAGGAUAUCUUAGCAACCAGAGCAUAUCUGUUAUUACCUCUAUUUUGUUGUUUCAUACAAUCAGUGACUUCCAUAGUUGCUUCUGUUUCUGUUGGUGCCUGUAAUUAUUUUUGCUGCUGUUAAAAGGUCUACUAAUUCUGAACGCUCCCUCCUUAUAACUUCUUUAAGGCAGCCAAGUAAAAUAUACAGAGGAUUAGUGGAGAAUAUAUGUUCAUUUUGUUUAUCUGAGUUGCAGCCUUCCUGCAGAAAUUGUUGUUGUUUUUCUUCUUAAACAAGUCCAUCAUUUAGGAAUCCAUUUUUUAAAAACAACGACAACAGCUUGGUCCUUUGCCAACAUUUCCAUCUCUUACAUUUUCAGACCAGAAAAUCUUUAACGAAUAAUAUUGGAAACAUAGUGGUUUCUUAUUUUCAUUUUGUCUGGCUAUAUUUUUAUGAAAGAUUAUAAAGUAGUAUAUUUAAAAAAAUGCCUUCUACGAGUUGUCAUUUUGGAAUAAUACCUCCUCUUUCUUUUCACAGCCUGUUUUAGUUUCUGGUGUUCAUAAGAAGCUGAAGCCUGAACUCUGGAAACCAGAAGCCUUUAGUCAAGAAUUUGGAGAUCAGGAUGUAGAUCUGGUCAAUUGUAGGAACUGUGCCAUAAUCUCAGAUGUGAAAGUGCGUGACUUCUGGGAUGGCUUUGAGGUCAUUUCUAGUAAGUGCCACCUAAUUCUGUUGAUAUUACUUGUGAAAGGUUAUCUAUCACAUCAGUGUAGUCUCUGCCCCAACUUAUGACACUAUUAAUGUCAUAGCUGAACAGGAGAUUUAAACCCAGAUCUCUCAUUAUGGAUUUAGGUUUCAUUCUUCCCUCCCCUACUCCCAAAAAAUCCUGAAGAUUUCAUAGGAAAAGCAAACUAAUAGCAAUAGAACAACAUACAAGCCAAGUAAAACUAUUUCUUUUCAGAACGUCUAAGAUCUGAUGAUGGACAGCCCAUGGUACUGAAGUUAAAGGACUGGCCUCCGGGAGAAGAUUUUAGAGACAUGAUGCCGACAAGGCAAGAUCCCUUGUUACUCUGGGUCUGGGCCUCUGUGAGAAUUGUUGGUGUUCUAGCAAUGUAUUCUUCUUGCCUUUGCCAGUGUCUAACAUGGUACUUGCCCUUUUCAGGUUUGAGGACCUAAUGGAGAACCUUCCUCUCCCAGAGUACACUAAGAGGGAUGGAAGACUGAAUCUGGCAUCAAGGUUGCCAAGCUACUUUGUACGACCAGAUCUGGGUCCCAAAAUGUACAACGCAUAUGGUAUGUAGACCAGGAGAGCAUAAUUUUGUCCCUACUCAUAGUUUGUGUCUUAUGAAAGUAUAUGGACUGAGAAGUAAAUGAGUUAGAUGGAUUAUUACCCAUGUUAGUCAUAAAAUUAAUUUGUUUCCUUUAAAUCUGUUUGCUUCUAAUUAAAAGUAUAAUGUCAUUAGAAGUGGAAGAUAAUUUGGUAAUUGUAGACUAAAUGGAAUCAGACAGUGUUGUCAGAAUCAAAGAGAACUUUGUAAAAUGAAAUGAUGCUGUGCAAAUCAGGUAAGAGAACUCAAGGACCCAUGCCCAUCAGACUGAAGGGCAGAUGAGUUUUUACACUACUUUACGUAUCCAUAUUCAGUUGCAUCCAUGUGCUCUUAAUCUGUAAAAGGACUGUUUUCAUCUGCUCAUCCCAGUGAGAGAAGCCCCUGAGAAUCGCUGUGAUCAGUUUGGAAAAUAUUUUGCAGAUAAAAUCACUCACAUCUGCUCCAGCUUGGAUUCCAGUGUUGGUGCAGAUCUGGGUAUGGGAUUCAGGAGCAUCUGCCUGUCCAGUUUUGAUGAGCAGGUUUCAACUACUAUUUUCCAAAUAAAUGGAUGUGAUUCUUGGGAGAAGAAUCCUCAACCCUUGUCCAUCUUGGCUGGUAAAUCUGCCUGGCCCAAGUUCAAUAAGCUUUUGUUGGCUGUAAAUAGAUCACAGAAGAAGGGGCUAUUUCCUUAAGGGGCUAAAGGAAGCAUUGAUCGUCAACUCUGGAAACAUGUUUUGAUGCCCCCUUAGCCUUGGGAAAACCUGAUGUUUCAGAAUAGACUUUGUUAUUGGCUGAAGGUGAUUGGCCUGGAUUUUCCUUUCUGCUGGUGUUUCUAGGACACCUAUUAAGAGCUGAGUCCUUAGUGGUUUUUCUGUGUGCAUUUUAUUUUUAUCAGGUUGUGUGCCACAUCGAGUGUGGUAGUGGCUGUGAUAAAAAAUAUUCAAUGAAGUGCAUUUGUUGAUUUGAAGCAGUGGACCAUAUCAUCUGUUUGUACUAAGUGCUGCAAUUACAAAGUGAUAGGGAGUUUGCACCUUAAGUCUGGCUCCUUUUAUAGUUAAACAUGCAUAGCAGAUGCCCUUAUGAUGCCCUCCAGAUGUUGCUGGACUACAUACCCCUUCAUUCUUGACAUUUGACCUUAAUGUCUGGGACUGGUGGGAGUUAAGAAUCCAGUAACAUCUGAAAGACAUCAUGUUGGCUACCCUUGAUAUCUAAUCAGCAGAGAUCAAGUAUCUCUGCUACUGUUCACAUUAUCAUGGCUAAUAGCUGAAUAUUCUCUGUGUGGUGAUAUACUUUGAAUGUGGCAUAAAAAAGCAUACCUAUAACAAGCAGCUUCAAGCUUGCUGUCAUUGUCUCUUUCGUAGGACUGAUAACGGCAGAAGACAGAAGAGUUGGUACAACCAAUCUGCAUUUGGAUGUGUCAGAUGCCGUUAACGUCAUGGUGUACGUUGGAAUUCCCAUCGGGGAAGGUUCUCAUGAUGAUGGUAAACUUCUAAGAUGAUCUUUUUCAAGGUUUAACUUAACUUCUGAAUCUCCCCCUAGAUAUGCAAAAUAUUGCUUAUAUUAGGCCUGCACCAUUUAAUUUCUUUUUGUUUUGAUUUCUUCUCUGUUCUUGUGUUGCUCUUUGCACAUUGGUAAUGCAUAUGAACAAAGGUAAUCAGAGGACAAAAAAGGUAGUUCAGCUGCAAACUGGAAUGCCUAGUCAUGUGAAUUUACUCAUGAGUAGAUGUAUCAGUUUCUCUUCAAAUAAGAUACCUGUCUAAUAAUCAUGCGGAACAUUAUAAUAAGCAGAGUACUGCUUUGAGGCGCUAACUCUGCCAGGAUGAAACUUGGAUGUGGAGUCCUGAUUGAAAGUAUCACCUGUGCACAAAUGCAAAUAUCACCAGUUUAAUGCGUUUCUUAAGUUAUAUAUUUGUGAUAUAUGGAUAGUGCAAACAUAAUAUAUGAUUUUUAGGCAUACAUAAGCACCCUUGCAGGCUUGAAAUGAUGUGCUCUUGACAAAGGGAACAAAUUUAGUGCUUUUUCCAGAAUUAUGAAAGAUCAUAUGAUUUGGUCCUUUCGAAUUUCCUAACUGUCCUGUAACAUUAAGUAGGAUAACUUUCUUAGAUAAUUUCUUAUGGCUGUAGUUUUGUGCUUCCUUGAAUUCAUUUGAUUGUUACACAUUACACUAGAAAGCCAUGCAACUUACUGAUGUGAAUUUCAGAGGUGCUGAAAACGAUUGAUGAGGGAGAUGCUGAUGAUGUUACAAAACAGCGAAUCCAUGAAGCAAAGGAGAAGCCUGGGGCACUAUGGCACAUUUAUGCUGCUAAGGAUGCUGAGAAGAUCAGGGAACUUCUUCGCAAGGUGUGAUGGUUGGAUGUUUCAGGAGUUUAAUAUUUCACACAUUAUUCUAUACUUUCUGAUAAAACUUGUGUCCCAAUAUUUUAAUUAGACUGCCCUAAAAACCUUGUUGAAGAGCGGGGUAUUAAUGCCCUAAAUAGUCUGGGAAUGGACUAGGGCAGCUGUAAUAUCUGCUGUGAGAUUUGGAUUUUUUCCUAUCAUACCUGCUUAUUGCCUCAAAAUCCACCUUAGCCAAAGCUAAGAAUUUCAUCAUAAAGUAACUUGCGGUUGUUUGCUGAAUACAGAUUAAGAAGAAAUCUGCAAGUAGGGAGCAUUAAACUCUGAUACAUUUGUAUUAGGUUGGUGAAGAACAAGGACAAGAAAAUCCUCCAGAUCAUGACCCAAUCCAUGACCAAAGCUGGUACCUGGACCAGACCCUCCGUAAGCGUCUGUAUGAGGAGUAUGGAGUACAAGGCUGGGCAAUAGUGCAGUUCCUGGGAGAUGCUGUAUUUAUUCCUGCAGGGGCCCCUCACCAGGUGAGUGUGGAGUGCUAGGGCCCAAAAGAGCAGGGUAAAAACUUAAGAACAUAAAACAAGUUGUUCAUGAAGCGUUCCAAAAAGAGCACAACUUUAGAAUGUGACAGGUAACAGAAUUUUCAGAAACACUGUACAAUUGGUUAGGUUGGUUUUCCUGAGCUUUUUCUGUUGGGGGGCGGGAACAAGUUUAGAGUACUGAAAACCUGCUGACUGUGCUUGGUGAAAUUCCAGAAGCUGAAAUAAGCACUGAGAGAACUCUAGUUUUCAGAAGUGUCAAGUUUCAGUACCUUACUAUAGAGUUCCAUGUCUACUAUUCCUGGGUCUCAAGCUCCAUAUGUUUUUCUCAAAAAUUUAUUCCAGUUCUUGAAAGGGUUGGGGGUGGUCCACAUUCCUUGAAUACUGGAAACUUGAAUAAAUAAUUAAAAGUAAAAUAUUAGCAUAUGCGCUUAGCAUGUUUAGUUUAGUGUAAAUUCACUAUCUGGGAUUCUUAGGUGAAGCAAUAAAAUGCUUGUUGUAGAUUCUGGGUGCAGCUGGUUAUUUGAGUCUAGCAAGGAUUCAAUAACUUUGUAGUGCCUAGCCACCCAGGUGUGAACCAAUAAUUUGUUUUCAAACUAAAACUGUUCCCUCAUCCCAGCUCUGGAUCUUGUCUGCUUGCUGCAGUUGUCUCCUUUUAUUACUCUUAUACCAGAAGUGUGGUACCUAUGGUGCUCUGAAUAUUGUUCAAUCCUAUCAGCUCCACCCAGCAUGACCAGUGGUCAGGAAUUACUGGAGUUGUAGUCCACAAACACGUGGAGAACUGUGGGUUCCUCAUUCCUGUUUAUACCACUAAACUCCUGAGUAUUCUGUGAGCAGAAGAACAGAAUAUAAAUAUGUUAAAUAAGAAUUCAAACUUCAUUUACAGUGCAAUUCUCCUUGCAAAUUUUAUCAUGCACAUCAUAAAGCAUAGGUGUACACUAAAGUGGUGAUAAUUAUUUCUGCAUGAUUGCCAGUUGUUUCAGGAGGCAGUUAAGCAGCAGAUGUCAACUUUGUUUGGCCUAAUAUGCCAAGAUAUGCACAGGCCUUCUGCUCUCACACGUAGCCUCCUUUUUCCUUCAGUUUGCAGAACACAGCAAUUAAACUCAGAAAUCCACAGUUAACCAGAGCUUGCUGUUCAUCUGAACCUGGAAACUGACUCGUGCAAAGUGGCCCCACUAAAUUAUUCCAGUUUUCCUAUGCUAGUCCAGUGAGUCUGUCCGUUUUCAGGAGCAGUUUAUGGAGGAGCAGUGGGCCUUGGGGGUGGGGAGCCAUAAAGCCCUGUUCCAAGAGUCGUCCUCUGGAUUGAACCCUGUGCCUACCAGUUUCAGAACAGGGCAGGAUUUUAAGCCACUAUUUAAAUAUCUUUGUUUCUUCUGAAGCUGGUAACCAUAGUUUCUUGGUUUGGAUGAAAAAGGAAGUUGGUUAGUUGGAGACUUGCAAGUUGGAGAUUGCAGAACGUCAUAAUGAGAGGAGUCAGGAGGAGUGUGUGCAUGGGAGAAGGUUUCUGUGCAUCCUGACUUAUUUAGCUGAGAGAUGAUCAUCUCACCAUUUGGUCAUCUCACCAUUUGGUCAUCAUUCAAGGGUUAGUGAGAAAUUUGUUUUCCAGAGUGAUCCGUCCCACUCCUAACUUUUCUUACCCAACACUGUUUUUUUAUUAUCCCUAUCUUCAUUGUGAAGAACUGUUUUUCUCCACUCUUGUUUUCUCGGUUUUCUUGAUCUUGGUUAUUAUUGUCAUCUUGGUCUUCCUUUAAAAGUAUUAACUUGAAGCCUCAUCAUUUUUUAAAAUAUAAAAUGACCCUAGAAAAAAUAAUCACACAUUUCCCACACGAUCUGGCCUGAUUGAUGAAACACUGUUAUUUGACUCAUAGUGCGAAGUCAUUAUUUGAAUGGAAGGCAGUUUGGAAAACUUACUUUGAACAUCUGAUCUCUUUCUAUCUGUUAGAUGUGGCUCAUGAACACCUUGAAAUAGCAUUUACCAAUCUUAUUUAUACUGCAGAAAGCAAUAUUUUGAAUAUAUAUUGGAUUGUUGAGUUUUGAUGUUUAUCUAGCACCCGGUUCUGCUGCUUAUUUUUUCAGGUUCAUAAUCUGUAUAGCUGCAUUAAAGUAGCAGAAGAUUUUGUAUCUCCAGAACAUGUGAAACACUGCUUCCGCCUAACCCAGGAGUUCAGGCACCUGUCUAACACUCACACAAACCAUGAAGAUAAGCUGCAGGUAAGCAUCUGUUUUCAUGGAACAACCUCUAAAGCACAUAUCAGAUUUGGCAGAAAGUACAGUGGUACCUCGGGUUACAUAUGCUUCAGGUUACAUACGCUUCAGGUUACAGACUACGCUAACCCAGAAAUAGUGCUUCAGGUUAAGAACUUUGCUUCAGGAUGAGAACAGAAAUCGUUCUCUGGUGGCGCAGCAGCAGCAGCAGGAGGCCCCACCACCUAAAGUGGUGCUUUAGAUUAAGUACGGACCUCCGGAACGAAUUAAGUACAUAACCCGAGGUACCACUGUAUUUGCAAAACUGCAUAGGGUUAAAUUUGACUAAAGUUAUAAGCUAGCUGCUGGUCAUGUUAGCUAGGGCUGCCAUACAUUGGCAGGGGGGUGAGGAAUUGACGCAUGGGAGGGAAUUUCCGAAAGGUGGUGCUUUGUCCUGAAUCUUAGGCAAGUCACUUGAAAUAUCAUGGGGGGUUUUGGCAUUUUUUUAUUUUAAAAAAUCAGUGAACUUGGGUUUUGUUUACUUUUUGAAAUAUGGCAACCCUGUGUUAGCAGAAUGAAUUCUUAUAAAGUGGGUUGAACCUAAAGAAGGAGAAGAAGAACUCCACUGGGGCUUUCCUGUUUCCUCUUCACUGUAGCCCCCUGCACUUUGAAAAGACCCCUCUUGAUGCUCUGGAAUGGCUUGCAGUAGGUCAUAAGGAAGGCUGCCUUGUGGGGGUGCUUUUCCACUAACACACUAUACUUUGGGAUGCAAUCCAACUUAUAUCAGUAUCAAAGGCUUAGCCUGUUGCUAGGAAAAGAUCAUCAUAGUAGAUGUGUACAUGUUUUGCCAAAAAAGGGGGGGAGGGCAAUUAUGGGGUUCUCCUGACUUUGGUUUGAGAGUAGGGAGAUCAGCAUUCAUAUUGGAAUGUAAUAUUUUAUUGGAUGCUUUUCGAGUUUGAUCCAGUAUCCUUGUAAGAAGUAUUAGCAGCUCAGACAUCUUCCCAUAUUCAUUUAUGAAUACAGUGAAUUAAUAAUUGAGAAACUCUGGCGUGUCUUACAUAGUAGAUGGAAACGACUGUUCAGAGUUUUGAUUUUCAGUGUCUUCAUUUUCUUCUGUUUGCAGGUGAAGAACAUUAUCUACCAUGCAGUGAAAGAUGCUGUUGGCACACUAAAGGCUCACGAGUCCAAACUGGCUAGGUCGUAGGAACUGGUGAUUCCAAACACCCCCCCUCUGGAGUCAUUUUUUUGCUCACAGUAUAGAAGGGGAGCGCACAUACCUGCCUGUGCAGGAGCCAGACGCUUCUCACUAAGAGAUGCCAUGGCAUUCAUUACACUCUCCAGCCACCGUCUUCUAUGCUGCCUCAAUACUAAGGAAACUAAAGGAAGGUCACUAUAACAUGCAAAGUUUCCCACCUAAUGAAAGGUGCUGUGUCCCUUUCCUGUGGCCUUUUGCAAAUUUAAAUUGUAUGGAAACCAUGUGGUGUUCCUGCCUAUUAUGAAUAGAACGUGUGAACCUUUUUCAUGCCUAGUUAGUCUUUCCAAGAAGUUAGAAAGAAUGAUGUGAAGAUGGACAUUCUCUUGCAGACUUAAGUAGCCAACUCUGAAAGAGUGUGAUCACCAGGAGCCCAGCUGCUGAAGCAGGUCCUCCUGAGUCUGACACAGGCCAAGGAAAGAAAGAUGUUCUUCAUGCUCCCUUUUUAAGAGUUCGCUAUACACUGUAGAAACACAGAAUCGCAGAGAGAAACCACUUUUUCCCUGAUGGCUCCAGGAUUUAAAAAUGUGUAUUUAGUGAAAAACUAGGUUUGUAGUGAAACAGUAUUUCAUGAAAGUAGAUAUUUUUAGAAUUUGAAAUACCACAACUGUUCCUGGGUUACAAGGAAAGGCACAUUGUGUUUAGUCUUCCUUUCAGUAAAACCUUUCAAGAAAUGGUUCUUAGAAAUAAAUCCAGAAUAGCACAAUUGGCCAGAGGAGAGCUAAAAGAAAUUGACUUCCAACACCAGUUUCCACAAAUGCAAGGGGGGGAAAGAACUUUUAUGUUUUGGAGAUGUUGUACAUCUCUCCCUAAACUGGCAAACCAGGUAAUAGUUCACCAGUUGUCAGUUCUAGAUUGGGACUUAUACUUCCCAGAGCUAAUUUUCAAUAUCAGCUUUGUCCAGAAAUAUUUUCAGUAAAAUGUUCCUGCUUGAUAGAGUUGUAUUCAGAAUUGUCACCAUUGAACUGAUGGAUUCCAUUGUUUGACUGUACAUUGGGACUAUAUCUACCUUCUAUCCAGCUGUACUGUAGUGCCACCUGCAGGCCUGUUAAUAUGUUCACGGUUAUUUCAUUUUUUAAAAAAUAAAAGUCAUUUACUGUAGAAUCUUCUUUAAACCUACACUGAAUCUGUGCAAGAGGAAUUGUGGGUGGGGCUAAAGAAGUGCCUUUGCUUCUGAGCUCCCACUCCUCUCCCAUAACUCUGAGAGCUGCAUUCAUGCAUAUUUCUCAGAGGCAACUUCCAAGGUUUGCUGCACCAUUUCCCUUCAGUACCUAGUAGUAAUGACCUUUUUUUCAGGAGGCAGUAAAACUGCAACAUGGUUUCAGCAGUGCACUAGUCAAGCAAUCCCAUGUGUAUUUUAUUUCUCUUAUAGGUAUGAUGUGGUCAAACUUGACCCAUGAAACACUCUGGCAUAACACAGACUCUACUCCCCAAUUCAGAACAGGCUAAACCCUGUAAGAGUUACUAUGGGAGAGCAAAAAUGUCAUAGUUGUAAUCACUUAGAAGAAACCAAGAUGUAGCAAACAUUGUGUUUUUCCACUUAUCUAUACUACUCAAACUGGGAUAAAGUCUCUGUGUGUGCUUACUCUCAGCAAUUUAUCUGAAUUGCAAAGCCCCUUCAAAAUACCUUCAGUUUUCCCUUCAGCCACCAGCAAAAUGUUCCUCAUCCAUUUACAGCUAUAAUUUCUUUGGCAAUCUCACUUGAAAUCUGCCUCAUGCAACCAACGUUGGAUACCCAGGUUUGGGCAGCUGGAACAUACUUGGGCUCCCAUACUUUUGGAGCUGCAUUGGUGCAAGGCCAGAAUCAGUGCCAUGACAUGCAGUUCUGGUCACAUCUCUCCACAUCUGUUGGGUGACUGAGGGGUAAAAUAGCCACCCCCCGAGAUCUAUUCCCUCAUCUCUACAUGCAUACUCCCCAACAAUUCUAGUUCAUCAGCACUGACCAUAGGACAGCAGCUGAAAUUCCUCUAGAUUCCAGACUGUCAACAUGGUCUCAUCAUUAGAACAUAAGAGGCCUGCUGAAUCAGACCAAAGGCCCAUCUUGCCCUGCAUUCUGGGGCCAGCCUGACCUAUGGGAAGCCCACAAGCAGGGCAUGAGCAAAACCACACACUCCAGCUCAAGAUCCCCAGCAGCUGGUAUUCAGACAUAACAUGUCUGUGAUAGCUGAAGUUAAUGCCGCCAUUGUAACUACUAGCAAUUGCUUUGUCUCAUUUGCCCAACAUUACUGUACUGGUUUUGGUGGGUGACAUUAAUGGUACUUCCUUUUCUGUAUGCACCAGUAAUUCUCUCAGAGCAGGAGAAUCUUCUCAAGCAGGAGUUGAUGCCUUCCAAACUACACAUUUUAUCAUGGCUGCCAAGCAUCUAAGCCUCAGGACAAAAAAUGCUAGUGGAAAUCAGCAAUGAUUUGAAUUGCAAAUCCAUAUUUUAUUUUCGGUGGUUUCAAGCUGUCCUGGAUUUUAACUUCUCUCAUCUGUGCUCCAGUGACUAAGCAUUAAAAAUAUUGCUAUGUUGCACUGUAUUUCAUAGGAUUUUUAAUGGGAAAUCUCAGCUACUGCUUAGAUUUUGAACAAUUAGGAAAUAAACUUGAGUGUGUAUAAUAGUAUCUGAAUCCUGAGUCAUGCAAUUGCUACUACUAAAAACAUAUAGCAGCAAUACUAGAGGGGCAUGUAACAUGCCCUCUCCAAGUUGUAGAAGAAGCCAAAGCAAUAAAAUUAAUAUCCCUGACCUUAGCACUAUGUUGAAUUCCACCUGUUUGGGUGAUAGUCAACCAAAUUUUGCUGAGUAGACCUAUUAAAAUUAAUGAAUGUUGUUUUAUAGUGUGUCUGAACCUUUUGCUGGAGUUGUAAUAUUUAUUUAUGAAUAUGUGUUUAGCCUUAACCUUAUGCCCCAAGAAGUUCACAUGCAAAAGGAAUAAAGAAAGAUUGAUUAACUUG